UUUUCUUUUAAAAUACUCACUCAACCCCUUUUUUAAAGAUAAUUUUUGACAUGUUUUGAUUAGAUAAACUCAGAGUCCAGAGUCUGGCGGUGUUUAUGAUAGAUGUAUUUACUACAGCGGCUGGUUCUUUCAGCAUUUUUGCCAUUCCUCGCUUUGGUGUGGUGACAAUAAGGUGAGGGUAACAUUCGGAUUCCUUACAUUCUGAUUUCAAUUCUGCGGCAGGAGCACCCUAAUGAUUCACUGCAGAAGAUGAAACCACUGGGCGAGGCUGUCUGACAGGUUCUGGUAGAAGUGGAAGAGGGAGGGCGAAUCCAAGUAGAAACUUAGUUUAGCAAUGUGUUUUCUGGAAUGAAACUUUUGCUAAUCUGCUGUUCCUCCUCCUUUCUUUGUUGUGAAAUCGGUGCGCACUCCUUUUGUUAGACUGUGGGUAAAAUCAACAUGUGUGAGACUGUUUCUUUUUUCCCAUAAUGCUUAAAUUCCUUAUUAUUUUUUUUAAUUUAAGCUAAAAAUAUGUUUAUAACCAUUUAAUUUUUAAUUUAAAACAAAAUCAGGAAAUAAGAUUGAGUUAUAUUUGCUAAUGUUUCUAAUAAUCUGGGUUUCUGAUUCAUAGGGAGUGAUCUCAAAACCUUGAAUUAAAUCUAAACAAACAUGUAAAUUAAAGUCUUCAUGUCUGUGAGAGUCUUUCGCAAAAAAUGUUCUAACAAUCAAAUUUUUUGGUUUUAGAAUUUUCAAAUAAAUAAUGAGUUUUAAUGUCACAAAAACUCUUGUUUUUAUGCAUUUCUUUCUUUCUUUUUUAGGCUGUCAUUGAUUUAUAGUAAAGCUACAUUAUGUUCUUUGGUGGGAAGGUUUACUUUGUUCUUCGAUCAAUCUCACCCACAUCCUUCAGGAAACAAAGGAAAUUAUCGUUUAUGCUCUUGUUUUUGAAAGAUGCUGCCUCUUAAAUUUUCCAAAUCAACCAUAAAACUUUGUGAAGUGAUCAGAUUUUAAAAUAUUACACUUGUACACAUCAUUAUUCAAGACACAACACAACCUUUCUCCUUUUUUAAAAUAGUUACGGAUAUUUUUGUCGGGCUGUAGAAAUGUGUUCAUGUUGAAAUGUUAUUUUUAAAUCUGGUUAUAAAGAGAUUUAAAGAAAAAGUCAAUUUUACAUUAAAAAAUGCUAAAUAUAAAGUGAGGAAGUUGCCAAUUAAACACAUCCCUUGUGAUUUCCCUCUUUGUGUGUGUGUUUGGGAGUUUCCUGGAACAGUCCUGUGUGGUUUCCUUGAUCUUACUUUAAUGAUGUGGGUACUAGCUGGGUUUUCCUACCCAGUGAGCUUGAGAUGAGUGUUCCCACAGGAGAAGUUGCUGCCAGUCGCUUCACUUCAUCUACGCGAGCAUCUUGUGCUCAUCUUUUAUCCCCCCCGCCUUUGCUCACUGUGCCGUGCAUCUUGCUGACUCCCAGAGAACAGGGAGGAGGUAAACAAAAACUAAGCAACCACUGCUACGCACCCAAAAGCUCCACCUCUAAAUCUACCUACCUCGACUUGCUGGGCUUGUUGGAGUUCACGCCCACACCUGUUUGCAUUGGCACCUGUCAGAUAGAAGAGACUUUCCCCCUGCGCUCACUGGUCAGUCGCUUGGACGCAUCAGCUGUGUGGACGUUGCUCUGCUGGGUUUUAGGAGACAGCAGGUGACCUACAAAGGAACUUCAAGAUAAACACCCAGAAUGUCAAAAGAGGGAACUCGGGACACCGUGCUCGACAACAUCAAAGUACGGACCAAGCUGAAGCCAGACGCCUUUUGGCUUCAGCAACGAGACACAACUCAACCCACAACUUCUCAGGAGGAGAAACCAUGGGUGGCAGAGGUCAGAGCUCGCCGUUUGAACGGAGCCCCCACCAGUCCGAUUUCUUCCCCCGUAAGCUCCACCCCACCUCCCGUGACGACCAACGCUGAAAACAGACCGCCCACACAAGGAUACCUGAUCAGAGGUGUUUUUACUAAAGUGGAAAAGCCUGCUUCACCUCCACCCCCUAAUGGCAUCAGCACAACAAGACAUUUCUCCAAAAAGCCUUCAGAGACCUACAAGUUAAUAGCCCCCCACACGGUGAGGUCCACCUCACAACCCCAGGAGAGCCUGCUCAGCCCGGAGGAGCAGGAGAAACGGAGGGAGGCAGCCAGCAGUGUUUUGAAGACCUCGUCGGUCAGGCAGCGAUCCUACGUGCUCUCUGCCGCUAAGAAAUAUGAAGCUAAAGAGGCUUCACCAGAUCCUGCACCGGUUGAGAACAGUCCAUCAUUUGUGGCUAAAAUGGUGGAUGUCACCGAGGAUGAGAGCGCUCCUGCUCCUGCUCCUGCCAGUUCUGUGUCACCAUCCCCUGCUGCUGCAGAAACAUCUGCCGCCGCUACACCUGUGCCCACACCGCGGAGAACAAGCAGCACUUUGGUGAAGACAACCGUUCCAGAACCAGUGGCUCCAAAGGUGGAGGAGGUGAAGGAGGUGACGCCAAAGACAGACCUGCUCGAAAACGGGAAACCAGAUUACAAGAAUCUAGUCACUGCUGAACGUGUGGACGUGGCCUCCAGUGACCCACAGUCAGAUGAUUCUGACAGUUCUGACUCCCCACAAAUUGAUGCUUUGCCCGCAGCAUCUCCUCCCCUGGCUUUAAGUUCCUCUAUAUCAGUUGCCCCAACGGUCAGAGCAACACCAACGCCCGUCCAGAAUCUGUCCCCAUCAGAAUCCACAGCGCAUGUGAAUGCAUCUGUGACUCCAGCUGGGUCAGAGUCAGCUGUCAAAGAACUCACGGUGGAGACAAAAUCAGCACCAGAAUCUAAAUCUGAACUAAAACCAGAGCCAGAGCCUGAGACUAAACCAAAGCCUGAACCAGAAGUGGAACCAGAACCUGAACCUGAAGAGGAACCAGAGCCUGAACUUGAACCAGAACCUGAAGAGGAGCCAGAAUCUGAAGAGGAGCCAGAGUCCGAGCCUGAGCCUGAAUUGGAACCAGAGCCUGAACCUGAACCCGAGCUUAAAGCUGAAUCCAAACCAGAAGUGAAAAAGGAGCCAACACCUGAAUCAGCAUCAAAAACCAGCUCUUCCUCUGACGUGCUCACUGCUCUGUCCGACACUCUGAUUUCUUUCAACUCGGACUCGUCAAGGGUUGAAAAAGAACCAGCUCCUCUCAGCAACACUGAACCACUAACAGAUGAUCUCCUGGGCUUCAAUGAUAGUAGUCCAGAGGAAUCAGAAGAGCCUGUUCCUCCCAGCCCAGGACGCUGGAGUCAGGAUCUGCUCAGCGAGCUCCACAGUGAAUCAAAACCAACAGAAAAUGGCGGCUCUGUGGAUCUCCAACCCAAAACUAACAUUGCUGUCAAUUCUGAACCAAGCAGCAUCCGAGAGGCGGAGGAGGAGCAGACAGAUGAGACAGGCGAGGAAACGCAUAGCUCGACUGAUCCAUUUGAUCCAUAUCCGAUAGGGACCACAUCCCAUAGCAGCCCGUCUGACCUGCUCCAGCCUGUCUCCGGUGUUUCCAUCAGCAGUAACGCACCGGAAUCCCUCGCAGACGACAUCCUCCCCAUCAGCGCCGACACCUCCAGCUCUCAGCAGUCAGGAAACACCGGCCCACCCCAGCAGACUAACACGGAGGAGGAAAGCAGUCAAGAAGCAGAAGACGAAGAACAAUCUGUGGAUGACCAGACACUGAUCAUGUUUGAGAGAAAGUCCAAAGAGAACGACUCACCGUGGGACAAAUGGACUUCACCCACUGUCUAUACAAUCUCUGGUUUAGACGAUGAUGAAGAGGAGGAGGAGGAGCAGGAAGAGGAAAGGGAGAUGCUAAGCGAGGCGGAGCCCGUUCUGGAUCGAUCUGUGACCUCCUCCGAGGCUGUGGUGGAAGAGGAGAAGCGAGUCGUAACGCCUGAACCCAAAAAGGGGCUUGUUUUGGUGAAGGAGUAUGUGAAUGUAUCGGAGCUGUCCCUGCAGAAUCCCAGAGAUCAAAUCAACGGAGAUUCUGACUAUUUGACUUCAAGCUCUACCACUUACUCGUACAGCAGCCCGUCCAAUUACAGCAGACUUCCUCUGACAUCUACCUGCACGUACUGCGGCGAGCAGGUGGGCAACGAUGCAAAGAUCAGCAUCGAUCACCUCAACAUCCACUGCCAUCCAGCCUGCUUUAAGUGUGGUGUGUGUAGUAAACCCAUGGGAGACCUUCUUCUUAACAUGUUCAUUCACGCCGGGAAGGUCCACUGUGACACCUGCUACUCCAACGUCAUCUAACUAGAAGCCCCUCAUCAAUCCAAUCAAGCUUUUUCCUUUUGCAUCUUCCAACGUUUGCACUGCUUGGUUUGAUAGUCAAAGGUGAUCAAACUCACUGCAACCAUGAAUAUGAGGAUUUCAUGGUGACAUUUCUGAAAAAAGUUGUGGGUUUUUUUUUUUUAAAGGAGGGUUUUUUUCUCUGCCUCGGUUCAUGAUGAAGGAUCUGUCUGUCAAACUGGAUGUGAUGCACAUACGUCUUUCUGUACAGCCUGGAGAACAGGCUGCAAUGUUAUUCACAAACAAGAACUUUGCUGCAAUAAAGUUUAUUUCCUUUUACUCCUCUUGAAGCAAA